AUGGCCUCAGCUACCAACUCACACGGACGUGAUCCCUGCUCCACACAAGAGCGUGGCGAUCAAUCGAUAUGGGGUUUAAUCGAAAGAAACGCAAACCUACCGCAUCGCUCGCUGGCUGUCUCACAAGGUGAGAAGUCAGUAUCCUACCAAGAGCUUGCCGCAGCUACUAGGCGACUGGCUGGACUUUUCGUUGCGCGUGGCAUCAAGGCUGGCGAUACAAUCCCGAUAUUUGUUUCUAGAUGUCUUGAGACUGUGGCGUCUGUUCUCGCCUUACUACGACUGGGGGUAUGCUAUGUACCUAUGGACGCGGAAGCCUGGAGUCAGAGUAGGGUUGAUGCAGUGUUGCAAGCAAUCGAACCGGAGUUGGUAGUGACUGCCCGAAACACCUCCCUUAAAACAGGUAAUAUUCAGGAGAUCUCGGCAGAAGAUAUACGAGCAGCUCUCGAGGGUUCGGGAAGUGAGCUAGACGAGGGUUCACUUACCGGGUUGAUUGACGUUGAUCGCAGUAAGGACGAACCUGUAUACAUGAUUUUCACCUCUGGCACCACAGGGACACCUAAAGGAGUUGUAAUUCCCCGUCGCUGCGUGAAAAACUAUGUCCAGCAGGGUACGGACAAGGGCAUGCCGUUUAAUUUAGGAGUUGGCUGUGGUGAUAAAGUACUACUACUGUUCUCUCUUGCAUUCGAUGCCGCGUGGGGAGUCUUUUUCAGCACCCUUUGCCACGGAGGACAUCUCAUUCUCUCCGCCCCCGAGAGACUGCUGCAGGAUGUGGAAACCUGUAGUAUUCUUCCCGCCACACCAUCUCUCCUGGCUACAAUCAAGGACCCUGAAAGUUAUAAGAAUAUUAAAUCUAUCUUCCUGGGAGGGGAAUCUCCUAGCCCUGGACUCGUGCAGGGUUGGUGGACCCCUGAACGACGCAUCUUCAAUUGCUAUGGUCCUACAGAGACCACUAUCUGUACAAGCAUGGCGGAAUUACGACCAGGAGUGCCGAUUACUUUGGGCAAACCGAUGGCCCAAACGCAAUUACUGCUCCUGAACGAUCAAUUAGAGGAAUCAAGCGAAGGGGAGAUCUGCAUCAGUGGACCUGGUCUAGCUGCUGGAUAUUACAAAAAUGAACAAUUGACCACCCUAAGAUUCAUCGAAUGGCAAGGGAAGAGAAUAUACAGGACCGGAGAUCAUGCUCGCAGAUCUCCAGAGGGACUUGUAUUCUGUGGCCGAGGAGAUAGCCAGGCCAAAAACCGCGGAUACCUUAUUAAUCUUGAGAUGGAUGUUGUGCCUGUUUUGCUUCGGUAUCCUGGAGUGACUGCAGCAGUAGCAUUCAUGAUGGAAGGCAAGUUGAUCGGGUGUAUUAUGCCAGAACUGAUCGAUGUGACAGAAAUGCGACGCGAGCUAACUCAGUCCCACGAUUCGUUCGUCGUUCCUGAUCACAUCGUGGCGCACAAAGAACUGCCCAAAACAUCAAAUGGAAAGAUUGAUCUAGCCUGUUUGCAAAACUCCUUCAUGGCAAAGACUGGAGUAGCAGCAGACCCGGGAGUCGAGAAUCAAGAACGUUUAUCUGUCUUAAGGGAUGCGGUUGCGGAUGCACUGGGGCUACACAUUAACCUAGUCUCGACACACGGCAGUUUCUGGGAGCUCGGAGGUAAUUCUCUUCGGGCAAUUAAAUUAAUGUCGAAUUUGCGCCACAAAGGAUUUACAAUGCAUUUUCAAGAUCUUUUUGGACCUGUAUCAUUGGCGGUUCUCUCUGAGCGUCUGGAGCAGGUGUCGGGGAUCAACGAGCAGCAAAAACCCGACGCAGAAUUAUUACUGGAAGUCGAAAACGCAGCUCGCUCGAAGCGAGGGAUUAUUGCCCCGAUGACGAUGACACAGACUGGUAUGAUAAGAUCCUCUCUACAACAUUCUGCGGCGAGCUAUAUGCUGGUGUCCAUCACUUUUCCCUGGAGCCUGGAUAUGGGCUACAAGGAGCGAAUUAGAAACGCGUGGCAAGAGGUCAUGAGAAGGCAUAGCAUGUUUCGAACAGUAUUUGACCCAUUAAACGGGGUUCAAAGAGUUGAAGGGGAUUUCCCCUUAGAGUGGGAAGAACACUGUGUUGCUGAUUGUGAUUUCUCACUCGCUAUUGAGUCUCAGUCAUCUGAAUUGUUACAGUUGACCCAGAAGCAGGAGAAGAGUGACGUUUUUCGCCCACUAAAUGCCUUUCGCUUGUUGACCUCCUCAAGCACUACUGAAGCGGUAUUGCUUUGGCUAGUACACCAUAGCCGUGUUGAUGGCUGGUCCAUGGGACUCAUUAUGGAAGAGGUCCAAGCUAUUCUUCAAGGAAAGGCACUCCAAGAACCUCCUCAAUUCUGGCAAUUAGCGCAGAAAAUUCCACGUCAUAUCAAUGAUAUCCAGAACGAAGGAAAUCAGUUCUGGAAAGAGGCCAUGAAAACAGUGUCUGAUGCGGGCUCCUUGAAUCUCCCAAAGCCUGUGACCCCUAACAGCGAGAGCCGCUUUGGCGAGACUCGAGUGAGCGUCGACCUUCCAUUGCCACAGCUGGAACAAAUAUGCCACAUGGAAGGGGUCACAUCUGCAGUCAUGAUCUAUGCUGCCUGGGCACUUCUGCUGAAGUCUUACACUGGCCAUGACCAGUUGGUCUUUGGCACUGUCUAUUCCGGACGAAACUUGAAUUUCCCCGGAAUUGACCAAAUGGUCGGUCCAAUCCUCAACACCUGUCCGCUUCCAGUGAGCUUGGCAGGUCUUGCUUCUAAAGCAGAUCUUUUGACAUACAUUGGAGAUACUGUACUUCAAGUUGGUGUGCACCAAUGGUCAGCUGCGGAGUCGUUGCAGAAGAUCAAACUAGGAAGCCAUUCUGGUAUCUUUCAAACCAUGCUGUUUCUAGAGUAUGAUUUGCCGUCAUUUAGUGGCAGUGGGUGGAAAUGUGGUCGGCAAGAUGUGCCAGAGUUUGGAUUGACUAUUCUGAUUCGGCGAGAUGGUGAAAACCUCAGCCUCUCUGCCUUAUUCGACCAGACGAUGUAUACUCGGCCCGUGAUCGAACGGAUGAUGCAGCACUUUCGAAACAUAUUACUCGCCUUACUUGAUCCAAAAUGCACGAAAAGCUCAGAGGUCUGCGAUAGAAUGUUGAAUUCGGCAGAGUUCCUCCGCUUGACUCACAAUUCACCUACCCUUCUUAACCCUUAUAUCGGGCCAUCGAAUCUUAAAGAUUGUUUCGAGAGAGGAGUAGAUCAAUGGCCUGAUGAGAUAGCUAUUGAGUCAUUAACGCAGUCAGUCACUUACAGAGAACUGGACUUGUGGGCAAAUCACGCCGCAAGAGCAAUUGCAGACUGUGUUCGUCCUGGAGAUCCUAUCACUAUCUUAAGUGACCGGAGUUUAGAGUGGGUGAUAUCAGUCUUUGCAACAAUCAAGGCAGGGACAUUAUACGUCCCCUUGGAUACCAAACUGCCGAUCGAACGAAUGCGAUCGAUCUCUAAGUCUGCCGGGGCAAAGAUUUGUAUUUUCCCCAACGAAGACUGCUAUCGCCGAUUUUCAGAAGCAGCCUCUGAAGAGACCCUUCUCCUUCAUGAGGUCUUGAGUACGCCAUGCACCAAACAGUCGUCCAUCAGACUCGAGACGGUGACAAAACCAAAAGAUAUUGCAUACAUUAUUUUUACAUCUGGUUCUACUGGAGUCCCCAAAGGCGUUGCCAUUGAGCAUCAGUCUGUCGUUUCAUACUUGUCGUAUGGACCGGCCCGGAUGGAUGCUCGGCCGGGGAGACGUCAUGCCCAAAUGUUCUCUCCUGGGUUUGAUGUCAAUAUGGCAGAGAUAUUUGGCACACUCUGCCACGGCGCAACUUUAGUUCUAGCCGAUCCAACAGACCCGUUCGCGCACCUAUCCCGGGUACAUGCAACCAUGAUAACGCCGUCCUUUUUGUCCGUGUGUGAUCCGAAUGAAUUUCCAGACCUAGACACAAUUCUUUUCGCGGGAGAAGCAGUGCCGCAGAUUUUAGCCGACCGUUGGUCUGGAAAUCGCACAGUGUAUAAUUCCUACGGUCCUUGUGAAUGCACCAUCGGCUGCUUAUUUCAACCUUUGCAACCUGGAAGAGAAGUUACUCUAGGCCGCACUAUUCCUCGCGUCGGGGUUUAUCUCCUUGACUCCCAUAGUCGGCCGGUCCCAAUUGGAGUUCCGGGGGAGAUCUGCCUCAGCGGUAUCCAGGUAUCUACUGGUUAUCUAGGCGCAGGAAUGGGAGAGCUCUCGAAGACCCGGUUUCUAGCGGAUCCUUUCGUCCAGGGCCAACGGAUGUACCGCACUGGGGAUCGCGCGGUGUGGACGGAAGAUAUGGAACCUCGAUUUCUGGGCCGGGUUGACAAUCAAGUCAAAGUCAGGGGCUUUCGUAUUGAACUGGAGGAAAUUGAAAGUGCCAUCCGCGUUGUCACCCCCGAAGUCCGUCGGGCAGCGGCUAUCGUGAGUGGAAACAAUAUCGUCGCGUUUGUCGAGCCGGAAACUGUGCCCAUCCAGGCUAUCCACGAAGCCCUUCAAUCCAAAUUACCAAGUUAUGCUUGCCCUUCCAGUAUUGUGGCUCUUCCUGCUCUACCGACUACCCCUAACCAGAAACUGGAUCGCAAGACUCUGCAGUCUUACCCCGUCCUUACCGGAAAGAGGAGCCAAGUAUCAUUGACAAAACUCCAAUCUUCGCUAGCAAAAAUAUGGCGGGAGGCAAUUGGCCUACCAGAUGAGAUGGUUAUCGAACCAGAUGAUGAUUUCCUGGUCCUUGGAGGGAAUUCCCUUUCACAGAUAAAAGUUGCGCAGAAGAUCUGCGGAAUCUUGAACGAAAAGCUGCCACUGACCAUCUUUAUACGGAAUACAACCUUGUUGACGUUGAGUGCAGAAAUCGAGGAGUAUCUGGCCAUGCAAAAUAAGAAACCAGCUAGCAAUAUGUCGUUUACCGCAGCCUGGAGGUCUAUAGAGCCUCCAUAUACCGAAGUUUCUCACCUAGAGGAGGAGUUUGUGAAACUUUCUCUCUCGUCUUCCUCCCCUCAAGCGUUUAACGUGGCCUACAAGGUGCGCUUAACAGGAGAUGUGAACGUGGAGGUAUUGGAGAAGGCCAUUGCAGUAGUUCUGAACAGGGAGAAGAUUUUCCAAGUCUGUUUCGAAAUCACGGAAAACCGGGUCUCAAGGUGCCAGUCUCAGAAAAAUUGCAAAGUAUCAAAGGCUCAAACCUCCAAGAUCACAAUCACUGACUUUGUGAAUCAAGAGUUUGACCUUUUCCUGGGUCCGCUAACUAGGAUCAUGACCGAUCAACAUCCUGAUGGGGUCAGUAUCAUCAUCGUCCAACAUCACUCUAUCACGGAUAAAGUUGCAAUCAAAAUUUUCUUCUCCAAGGUGCAGGAACUCUACCGGAUGGCUCUUCAAGAAGGCAUCGGACCCGGGUUUGAGAACAGGAAUUCCCAGGUUGCAGCAGAUUAUAGAAUAUGGGCAAAGUGGAAAGCCAGUCAAAUUGAAUCCGCGCCAGAGCCCCAUAUUGCCUACUGGAAUGACCAUAUGUCGGGGCUUCCGGCUCCCUUAUUUCCUCUCGUGGGCAAGCAUAUGCAUGACAGUAUAGGGGCGUCCGAUUCCUUUAUAUUAGGCUCCGAUAGGAUAUUGUCAGGGUCAAUGGAGCUAUACGUAACACUGUCUGCAUUGGCUCUGGCAAAAGCAACGGGAAAUAAGGAUCUUGUGGUUGGAAUCCCUUACAUCGACCGUAUGGAGCCAGGUACUGAGGAUCUACUGGGCGUUUUCCUGGACCGAUUGCCAGUACGCAUCAGGAACAUUGACAUGGCAUUGGCAAGGCCAAUGGAUCUCAUAAGCAUCGUCCGGAACUCUAUUCGGGAUGCACUGGCCUACUCGAUUCCUUUCAAGGCUAUCCGUCGCCUGGCCGGUGAAGGAACGGUGUUCCAGGUGAUGAUAGUGUACAACGGAAAAGAUGACUCUGUUGCAAAUAGCUUCUCGCUCCCGGGAAUUCUCGCAGAAGAUGUGGCUCUAAGAGCCAGCGGCGCCAAAUUUCCGCUUCUAAUCGAAUUUACAGAGACUGAGAGGGGCACAAUUUGCGAGUUAGAGUAUAUGGAGCAUCUCGUGUCUACGGCUACAAUUGGAACCAUUCGCCAGCAGCUGGAGAGCAUUUACCCUCUUCUGCGGUGA